AUGUCAGAAACUGACGUCUCUGGGCUGGAAUUUCACGAACUACUUACUCUCAACUCCCUGGUUUCACCCAUAGUUUCCACAAUCACUCAACUUUCACAGCAAACCGCGUACCCCUCGCCCGUCAAUAUACCGUUUUUUACUUUCGUUUUUGUCUCAUUUUGGGUCUCUGUGAGCCUAUCUCCGUAUUCUAAACUACCUGCUAUCAAUCCCCGAGCCAUGACAAAGUUGCGUGCCCUUCACUUUGUUCCCCGCACGACACCUCACAUUUCGCGAAGAAGGCCACGGAUUCAACUUGGCAACUUAACAAGACUAUCUUCCCUCAGUCCAAUUCUGCGGAGGAAAAUCACUGGAAAAUACAUUCCGGAUCCAAGGUGA